AUCUAAACUCCCAGUAAAGAAGGUAGUUUUAUUCAUAUAAAUUUACAUCUAUGUCUCCUGCAAUGGCGUUUAGUACUAGUGAUGAGAUGAGGAAGACAAAUGAUGAUGAUCAUCAUGUGACGGAAAGCCAGUACCAGAAAGGAGUGAAGCAUCUCCAUGAAAUUGGCAUAAGCAGAGUUCCUAGAAGAUACAUAUUGCCAGAUUCUGACCGACCUAAUGCAGUUUAUAAAAGAGUUAAUCACCUAAAUGAUGCGACGCCUAAUCUUAAACUGCCCAUUAUUGAAUUUUCCGAAUUGCUGGGUCCAAAUCGCGUCCAAGUCCUCAAGUCCAUCGCUAAAGCUUGUGAAGAAUACGGGUUUUUCCAGAUUGUAAAUCACGGUAUUCCUCUGGAGGUUAUCAGCAAUAUGAUUGAUGUAAGUUCAAGAUUCUUCGCACUCCCAUUUGAAGAAAGAGCCAAAUAUAUGUCGUCGGAUAUGAAAGCACCGGUACGGUAUGGAACUAGCUUUAACCAGAACAAGGAUAGCGUAUUCUGUUGGAGAGAUUUCUUGAAGCUAAUGUGUCAUCCCACGGAAGAUGUUCUUCCUCUUUGGCCUUCUUCUCCCGCUGACUGGAGGUAAUUAAGACCUCAGCUUCACCAUCAAAAUGCAAUCCGUUGA